AUGGAUCAACAAGGAGUUGGGUCGCAUUUAAGGAUAACUUUAUCGACCAUUGGAAAUAGAAGUCUUGAUCCAGUGGAUAAAUGUAGAUAUCUCAUAUUUUGCCUGGAAGGAGAAUCGAAGAAAUUGGUAGAAAGAUUCCCUAUGGAUGGUGAGUCUUAUAGGAACGUGUGGGGAAUUCUGGAAAGCAGAUAUGGAGAUAAAUCCAUUAUUAUUGAAGAAUUAUAUAAAGAAUUAAGAGAAUUAAAUCCAAAAACAAAGGAUAUAAAGGAUUCGCAAGGACUUGGAGCAAAUAUUUCGCCAGUUGACGCCAGUUUAGGAGAAGAUAUCAACAACAAUUCGAUUUUGAACAUGGCAUAA